AUGGCGGACAAAGCAGCAGAUGUUAUUAUUGUGAUCACUGUAAUUACCUUGUCGCUGCAUUUUUUCAGGUUUAGUCGAGCAGCUGGAGGAUCCUUGGGAGGCGAGCAAGGAAGAUGGCAGCUUCUCUUGAACAGCUCUGGAGUAGUGGCUGCACACAUGGCAUUGACUCAUCACAAUACUGUCCUUAUGUUUGAUCAAAACACAGAAGCCCAGUCUGGGUAUCCACUUCGCCAGAGGUACAACAGGACAAGAUGUGGAAUCAGGCGCGAAGAUUUAGAUUGGUCAUGUUAUGCUCAUUCAGUUGAAUACAAUAUCUUGGAUAACAAAAUUAGAGCUCUAAGGCUUGAUACAGAUCCCUGGUGCUCUUCCGGUUCUUUUCUGAGCAAUGGAACUCUUGUUCAGACAGGCGGAUACGGCAGGGGAGCUCAUAGAAUCAGAUACUUCAGGCCUUGUGGCGAUGCCCAGUGUGAUUGGAAGCAAUCAAGGAGAUCAUUGUCUGAUGAACGUUGGUGUUCUUCCAAUCAAUUACUUCCCGAGAAUGAUCGAGUUAUUGUAGUAGGUGGAAGGAGAGUGUUCACCUAUGAAUUUGUUCCUAAGCUGCCAUCAAGUGACAAGCCUAUGGAUCUUCCCUUCCUGCAUCAGACUUAUGAGAAGGAUGCUGGAGGGAAUAAUCUUUACCCGUUUCUUCAUCUCUCGUCAGAUGGAAAUUUGUUCAUUUUCGCCAACCGAGACUCCGUCCUUCUCAGUUAUAGACGAGAUAAGAUUAUCAAGACCUUUCCUAGGAUUCCAGGAGGUGGUUCCAGAAACUAUCCCAGCUCUGGUUCAUCAGUAAUUCUUCCUUUACAUCACACAAACAGGUUCCAGAAAGUGGAAGUCAUGAUUUGUGGGGGUUCAGCUUCUGGAGCCUAUACAGCUGCAGAGAACAAUAGAAGAUUCCUCAAGGGACUGAUCUCCUGUGGGAGAAUGGUGAUCACAGGAAACAAGCACAAAUGGAAUAUGGAAAACAUGCCUGGACCCCGUGUUAUGAGCGACAUGCUGAUCCUCCCAACUGGUCAUAUUCUGAUCGUCAAUGGUGCCAAAAAUGGCUGUGCCGGGUGGAACAAUGCAGCUAAUGCUGCUCUUCAGCCCUACCUCUACAAGCCAAAGGCAAAAUUGGGUCGGAGAUUCUCAGUCCAAAAAGCCACUAGAAUACCAAGAAUGUAUCACUCAUCUGCUCUUCUUUUACCUGAUGGGAGGGUACUAGUUGGUGGUAGCAACCCUAACCACAAUUACACCUUCAGUAAAGUCUCUUAUCCAACUGAACUCAGGUUACAAGCAUUUGUUCCUCACUACAUGGGUAAACAGUACCAUGAUUACAGACCAAGUAACGUGUCUGUAAACUACGGGAGGAACAGGGAUGGAGUCCGGUACGGAGAGGCCUUUACAGUCAGGUUCAGGCUGGGGAGGAAGCCAAGCAAUGAGGUGAAGUUCAGCGCUUAUGCACCUCCAUUUACAACGCACUCUGUUUCAAUGAAUCAGAGAAUGCUGAUGCUUAGGUGCAGAAGCAUUGUAAGGGAACAAGAUGGUUGGAUAAGUGCAGUUGUGGAGUCUCCUCAAUCCCCAAAUGUAGCACCUUCUGGUUAUUAUUUGCUUACAGUGUUGAACGGGGCCAUCCCUAGUCUAUCUCAGUGGAUCAGGCUCGUCCAUGCUUGA